UGUGCCGCUAACGAAACGCAUGCGCACACAAUGACGGGUCGUGAGUAUAUCUUUACAAGGGUAUGUUUCCAGUGAUCAUAAGUUGCUGGUCUUUUAGCAAAGAGGAAAUAUGGUUGGGACAAAUACAUUCGUUCUCGCAGGCGUGCUUGCAGUAUUGCUGUGCGUUUCCAGAGUGGAUGCAGCAUUCAAGUGUUACCAAUGCAUUGGUACUUCGGAUAGUGACAGCUGUUCGGACGAAUUUGAAAAAAGUUCAAGCUUGGAGAGUUCAUCAAAUUGCAAUGCCUGCACAAAGUCAAAAACGAACGGAAUCGUAACGAGAGCUUGCUCCCCAAUUUCACUUGGUGGGAACAAGUGUGAGGAGUCCAACGGUGUCGAGCAGUGCAUCUGUGAGAGUGAGCUCUGCAACGGAUCCAACAACCUGGCCGUCUCCGUGGUAACGCUGUUGGCUGCCACGCUCGCCGUCUACUUCGUCAAAUUUUAAUAGCUUCUUUACCCUUUCCCACUCUUGAUCAAAGUUAACAUGGUUAUAAGCACCCUGCAUAAAACCAGAGCAACCUGCUAGUAACUCGCAUUCUAUUCAGGGUAAAGCUGUAAACUGCUUGCUGCUCAUCAGUAUCUAAGGGUCGGGAAUUAUGACUUAAAAACUUGAAUUUAAAAAAAAGGUCUUAAGUUUAUUUUGCACACGCGUCAAAGUGCUUGCCUGAGUGGAAAAGGGUUAAGAUUGGGACGAAUCAUUUUGAUUUUAUGCUUUGUGGUAUACGUUUGUAAGAUGUGUGGAUGCCAAAAUAAAAUAAAAUUUUCUUGACAGAGAAAACUUGUUGAAUAUUGUAGUGAAAUGAUUUUCAUGUGUUUUUAUUUGUAUUUUAAAGGAUAUGAGGGCGUAUCUGACCAAAUAAACACUUAUAUAAAAUGUUUAACCGUACGUUCCCAACAUUAUUAUCAUAUGUAACGUCUGUCUAGUAAAGGUUUGCAUUUAAAUUAAACCAAAAAAUAAUUUGUUGUUCUGUCGGGACGGUUUACGAAAUAUCCCGUUGAGUUUUAUGGAUUCAAAAUGGCAUGAGGAGUCGCAAAGAAAAAACUGCAUUGUGCAUAACCUAAUUUAAGUCAUUUAUCCUUAACAUUAAUUUCUUUCAAAGUAUGCGUAUAAUUAUAAUCAAAUUCUAUGUUGCAGUUUGUGUUAACUGUUUUGUAUGGAUAAAGAGUGUAUCUUUUUCUUUUUUUUCAUACAUUUUGUACUUCACUUCUUUUUAAUACAUUAAAUGUAAAUGUCUUUUGCUCGUUAUGAUCAUUGUUUUAUUUUACCACUUAAGAUUACACUUAGAAUAUCCAUUAUAUGAUGUUUUUGUAAUAAAAAUAAUGGAAAGUUGCAAAUGAAUCAUUUUGAAACAAUGUUGUCUGUUCUGUGAUUCUUAUAUUUAAUUAAAAGUAGUUUAUGGAAUUAAAGAUGUUUCUAUGAAUAUA